GGUACAAUCAUCACUAUCACAACUCACAGCAAUAUUAUCACAAGCAGCAGCUAAAAAAAAAAGGCAAGAAGAAAAAUGGCGUCAGAGCAAUAUCAAGCUAUGAGGAAUGCACCACAAGAGGAAAAAGAAGAGCUUGAUGCAAGGGCAAAGCAAGGGGAGACUGUGGUUCCUGGUGGGACUCGUGGGAAAAGCUUGGAUGCUCAGAUUAACCUAGCUGAAGGGAGGCACAAAGGAGGGGAAACAAGGAAGCAACAACUAGGAACAGAAGGGUACCAAGAAAUGGGACGCAAAGGUGGUCUGAGCAACUCUGAUAUGUCUGGCGGUGAACGUGCAGCUGAUGAAGGUGUCACCAUCGAUGAAUCCAAGUUCAGAACCAAAAACUAAAUAUCAUCUCCCACGACAGAACCCUAGCUACUCUUUAUAUAUAUAAACCCUAAUAAUGUAUGUUUGUUUUAGGUUUCAGGAAGAACUGAACCAGUUUAUAUGUAACAAAACUGGACAUGUUUAAGCUUUAGCUUGGUGUCUGUAAUCUAAGCUAUAGCCUAGUGUUUUACCGUUGACUGUUUGUUUUAGUGUUAUUAGGACUAAACCAGUUUACAUGUAAAAACUGGACAUGUUUAAAGCUUAGCUUGGUGUCUGUAAUCUAAGCUGGAGCUUGUGUUUUACUGUUUUAUUUAGUGUUUUAAAUGAGGACUAAACCAGUUUAUAUGUAAGAA